GGCACAGUUAACGUUACAACUACGUAGUUUACUGACGAUUUCUUUGUUUAUUGUUGUUUAUUUAUUUAUCAUAAUGACACUAUUAUCAGUGUGUGUUUUUAUAUGCUUUUUUGUUUCGAUAAAUUGCUGGGGACGAGGAGAUUUGGAGAAAUAUGGACCUUUUCAAAUUGCUUUACGUUCAAAAUUAAUCAAAUGUAGUCACGAUAGAACACUAGAUCUCGACGUCAGUGAAAUCGAUGUCUAUUUUUAUGAUUUUCCAAGAAACGAAGUAGAAACAUAUAGUAUAAACAACGCAGGUAAUGGGAUUUUAUCUUACAAAGAACUAGAUAAAACUAAAAGAUUCAUUAUCUUUGUUGGUGGUUACAAAUCUAAUAUAAACAAGAGGACGGAAGAACGUGUGCGAGAUACGUUUAGAAACUAUCCAAACAGUUACCUAAUUAUACUCGAUCAUUCUCCAUACACGAACGAUAAGCAAGGUUACAUAAAGAGUUACGAGAGAUCUGUAAGAUACGUUCACUACAUUGGUAAAGCUUUAGCGCAAAUGCUAACUAUACUAAACGAAGGAGGUAUAUCACCUGAUAGUAUACACUGUAUUGGACAUAGUUUAGGAGGUCAAAUUCUCGGACAUACUGGACAGAUAUUCUUCGAAAAUACCGGAAAGAAAAUCUCAAGAAUAACAGCAUUAGAUCCAGCAGGUCCUUGCUUUUCAAACAGCUUUAUAGAAAAUCAAAUCAGAUCUGGAGUAGCUGAUUAUGUUGAAGUUUAUCAUUGUAAUGCAGGUGGUCUAGGAACCACAAGCGUAUUGGCUGAUGUAGAUUUCUUUGUUAAUAAGAAAGGCCAAUCUCAACCGAAUUGUAAGACUCCUUUGAUACCAGGUAUUUUUGAUUCACCUAAAGCUGCUAAAUGUAAUCAUAGAGCCUGCAUAGAUCUAUGGACAGCAACGGUCAACCAUCCCGAAUGGUUCUUGGCGAGGAAAUGUGAUUCGUAUAAGAAGUACAAAGGUGGCAGUUGCUCUGCUAAUGAUGUUACAAUCGCAGGGUUUUGGAACCCUGGUAAUGCGACUGGUGUGUACUAUUUUUCGACAGAAGGUUACGAUAUUCAGUAAGGAUUAAUAGUGUUUUUGAAUUUAUGUCGUCUUAGUCAUUCACUAGUCCAUUACUAGUUUAAGAUUU